UCUGUAUGUUCUCUGUCUAUAAAGUCGCAGCAGCAACUGGGCAAGUUAUCACUAUCACCCUGUAAAAGUAAAACCCUUUGUGUUAGGGUGAUAAGUUUUUGACCUAACUGUAUGUUUAUGUAAAAAAAGCUUUCAAUUUUCUGGGAAAGAUUAGACAAUUAAUAAUUAAACUCCGAAAAGCAAGGCAAUGGCUUGGGAACCCAUUCUCUGGCUAAUCUUCUUCCUCUUGAACAUCGCCCUUAUCGCCUUGAUUCUCUAUCAGAUUGUAUGUUUAUCGGAUUUGGAGGCAGACUACAUGAACCCUUAUGAAUCGUCGUCUAGGAUAAACAAUGUGAUUCUCAAAGAGUUUGUGUUGCAAGGUGCAUUCUGCAUUUUGUUUCUUGUGACUGGGCAUUGGUUCUUGUUCUUGCUCACAGUACUUCCCAGUUACUAUAAUGUAAAGAAGUUCUUGUCACGGCAGCACCUCAUUGAUGUGACUGAAGUGUUCAGGGUCAUUGAUUUUGAGAAGAAGCUUCGGAUUGCCAAGCUAGCGUUCUAUUUAAUUUUUUUCAUCAUAGUCCUAGUCAGAUUUUCCAAAGCGGGGGCAUUUUCUACUGUUCUUUCGGUUCUCAGAUCCAAUAGCAAAGAUUUAGAUGUUCGCUCCUCGGUUCUUGAAUUUUAGAAGCACAACUGUUUAUGCAUAUCCCACCGAGACUUCAAAAAACUCUCCUUUUUUCUCCCCAUUUCUUGAACCAAACAAACCAUGCUGUUUUUAUAUCACUUUGAGAGUACAUUGCAUAUCAUGCUAGUGAUCUUUCGUUUUUCAAAUACGAUUGAUCCAAAGUUUUCAUGCAUGCUGGCUGCAACCGGGAUUAGAAGUGAUGGGUUUCUGGUAACUUUCUGUAACAAGUGAAAAAAACAUCUUUGUCUGCUGUAAGCCUGUAACGCGUUUUCAUCAGUCAAAUGUAAUGUUUAGAAGGGAAUUCUGUGAUUCUCCCAUGAAUCUUGAUGGUUUUUGUUUGAUGCACUUUGCAUGCUGUUCCUAGAAUUCUCUUCUCUGUCUGUCUCUCUAACAUCAUCAUCAUCAUCCUCGUCCCAAAUGGCAAAUGUUUGGCAGGCUGGUGAUAUCUGUUAUCAGAUGUCUAAUCGACGAUGAACAUGAAGAUCUGCAUUUUGGUAUAUUUGGCAGCAGUCCUGUUUUCAGAUGAAUGUCUGUUCUGUUCCAUCUUCAUUAGGUAUGUUUUCACUUUGGAGCAGAAGCCUGAUCAACCAACAUUGACCACCCCCCCUCCCCAACCAAAAAAAAAAAAAAAAAAACCUAGUAUUUGAGGCAACAUAGUUCAGUUUCCACUGAUCAAUUGUAGUAUGCAGGAAAACAGUAUAUCAGCUUGCACACUCUAUGUUUGUCUUGUGUGACCAUUCUUUUCAAGAUGAAUUUGCCAAA